CCCGGACUCUGCCCAGCCCGGAGCGGGAGCGGAGCUCGGGUUCGGCGGCAGCGGCGCUCCCCGGGCCGGGACAAAGGGCCAUGGCCGAGCGGGCCGCUGCCCAGCGGUCCCUGCGAGUGGCUCCUGGUUCCUUUCCAGCAACUACUACCACAGGCAGCUGGGCUUGCCUCCGCCUGGUUCCCUGCGCUUCCUACAGGCUCCAGAGUGGGACAUGGGGUCCUGGCACUUGCCUCUUUCACAGCCCCACGCUGUCCCCCACCGGACUUCUGCGAGAGAAACCCCGCUGCAUGCUGCGGAGAUCUCCCUGACUCUAGUGGCUGCCAUGCAAGCAGUGGAGAGAAAAGUUGAUGCUCACGCCAUCCGGCUGCUGAAUCUGGAAGGGAGAACAGGGACGGCUGAAAAGAAAUUGAUAGGUUGUGAGAAAACCGUGGUGGAGUUUGGGAACCAGCUGGAGAGUAAAUGGGCCGUGCUGGAAUCUCUGAUCCAGGAGUACGGGCAACUGCUGAGGAGGCUGGAGAACGUGGAGAACCUGCUGAAGAACAGGAACUUCUGGAUCCUGAGGCUUCCCCCAGGGACUAAGGGGGAGGUCCCCAAGGUCCCAGUGACGUUUGAUGACGUCUCCGUCUGUUUCUCCGAGCCGGAGUGGGAGAACUUAGACGGAGGGCAGAAGGAGCUGUACAAGAACACGAUGAAGGGGAAUUACGAGACCCUGAUCUCACUGGACUACACCGUCUCCAAACCCGACAUCCUGUCCCAGAUAGAGCAGGGGCAAGAGCCGUGUGUCAGGGAUCGGAAGGACUCCGAGAGGAGAGAGAUCCCUCCGGAUCCCGGCUCGGCAGAUAGCGGGGUGGUGGUCAAAGUGGAGGAGGAGAGCCCUGAGGAGGAGCCGGAGAACUUGGAGCUACAAAGGACGUUGCCGGAAAUGGAGGUUUUCCAGUGUCCGGAGCAGGGAACAACUCAUGAGAAGAGUCUGUGCAGCCCUGAGAGGGAGCCUGCGGACCUGCCCGGAAAUGGCCUGGAGGAGCCAUCUCAGUGCGGGACAGACCCCCAGGAGCUCAAGCCGUUGCUUGUUCACCUGCAGAGUCCCACGGCAGCCAGGCUGUUCGUAUGUGCCGAGUGUGGGAAGAGCUUCCGCAGCCGGCAGCAUCUCACCCUGCAUCAGAGGGACCACGCGGGAGCAGGGGCCUGCCUGCCGCAGCCCAGGGAAAGCUUCGCCCUGAAACCCGGCCCCAGACCCCACCCCGGGGCCCAGGUGGGAGGCAAACCCUACAAGUGCUCCGAGUGCGAGCGCAGCUUCUGCCACAGGUCCAGCCUGCGGAAGCACCACCUGGCGCACACCGGGGAGCGGCCCUACACCUGCGCCGAGUGCCGGAAGAGCUUCAAGCAGAGGGUGAGCCUGGUGCUGCACCAGCGGAUCCACUCGGACAGGAGCGAAGGCUCCUUCAUCUGCACACAGUGCGGCAGGUACUUCAGCCACCACUCCAACCUGACGCGGCACCUGCGCAUCCACACGGGGGAGCGGCCCUACAAGUGCACCGAGUGCGAGAAGAGCUUCACGCGCAACCAGUACCUGGUGGAGCACCAGCGCAUGCACGCGGGCGAGCGCCCCUAUCACUGCGCCGAGUGUGGCAAGAGCUUCCGCUACAAGCGCUCGCUGUACUACCACCAGAACGUCCACCCUGGGAAGGGCUUCCCUGGACCGGGGCCAGACCACGUGGGGUAACAGCAGGGCCAGGAUCCAUGCUCCUGGGGUGCUCACAGGGGGCUGCCUCCCUCCAAAAGCAACACCCGGGAGCUCCAGCGGGCUGGCACGGCAGCACGCACUGCAGCGACUUUAUUGCGGGGAGAUUUUUACAGGAACUAAGCUAUAUUUUGAGUGCAGCCUUUGUUAAGAGAAGUUGGCAUGUCAGAUUGGUUUUAAAACAGAGGAGGCAGAGGGUCUCUAUACUGGACUCAGGGCUGGCAGAGCCUAGCUGGGAGGGAAAGGUGAGGAGAUGGGGGGUUGCUCGAAGGGGACAUGGGGCCCUCCUAGCCCCACCUCAACUGAGUUGUUCAUGUGGGGCUGGGCACUGCUUUCUCUGCAGUGUCCCAGCCCCUGUGUCCUGCUGUGCCUGAGUGGCAAAGUGCCCGGCAGCACGGGAAGGGGGCGUCCACGGCUCAGGCCCUGGGUCUCCUGCAGCCACGGCCUGGGUUGCAGAACGCCCGCACCAGGCAGCUGGAUUUUAGAGGGUGUUCCCUGGGGAUCCCCCAGCUCAUGUAUAUUCAGAUAUUCGGCUCCCUCAGUUUGCUGCCCCGGUGGAGCCUGGGAAUGUGUGCAGGAUCCGUGUAUUCUCAUCGCAGGGGCCAUGGAUGACUCAGCCAUGAUCCUCCAGGAACCUUGCUCAGGAUUCCUUCCUUCCUUGGGCUCUCCAGUUUGAUCCUGUGGUGAUCCUCCUCGCAGUUAAUUUCCCCACCUGCCUGGUGUUUGGCUGGGGUGCCCUGUGACGCUUCCCUGGGGCACCUUGUUACCACCUGCCUUUAGCAUGGGGAAGCUUGGUCUGUGCCUGCCAGGGCUCAGCUUCCCAACUCCCUCGGGCAACACAGGCCCUCCCCACUAGGCCUGGCAGGACCCACUUCCUCUCUGCUGGUUACCGAUAGGCCCCCUGGAACCUGCAGCGUCUCCCUGGAGUGUCCAGCCCCUGGCCUGCCAGACACUCGCAGGAUUCACAGAUUUCCUGCCCCUCAGUUCGCCGCUCCGCUCCCACCCAGCGCUUAGAUUGGUACUUGAUGAAAUCGAGGAUAAGGUUAUUUAACGAAGCCCAGAACGUCAAGCAAUAGCAGAUGGGUCCAGCUAAAAUAAAAUCACAAGGAGUGUUGUAGGGCCUGGCCUUUCCAUUCCCGAGAGCCCCCACGGCUGGGAGCCAUUGCUCACCCCCCACUAGCUGCUUGCCUCCGAGGGGAGGGGUUCCGUGUGUUUCUUUGCCCCCUAGCUUCUAUCACUCCCAUCCUUUGUCUUUAUUCAUAAACAGGACAUCAGCUGCUGUUUGUGUCAGCAGGUGCAGUCUGCAUGAGAGGACGUUCAUGGUCUCCUCUUCUGCCUGUGGCUCAGUGUGCAUCUGGGCCCGUGAAGUGAGCUGCCCCGUCACACGCGGCUCUGGAGGGAGAGCAGGGUCUGCUACCUCCUGCCUGAAAGAGCAUUUCCAAGGUGUGUCGCAUCCUGGUGACCUGCCUUGUUCCCUCCCUGGGAAAUCCAGAGCCAGCUUUCCUUAACUGUUCUCCAUACAUAUGUCAUGCAGUGAUUCUGAUGACCGGUAGGUUACUGGCUCUGAGUAGAGACCUUGGGUGCACUCUGAGGUGUACAUCCGACCUAGGGGAUCCCUGCAAACCCUGGGCCACCAAGGAGUCUGUGGGUCACAAGCCCCUGUAUGUUGUAAUCUCCCUCCACCCCCUGUAAGGCCAUUUCAGCGAGAUGGGGCAGAGCACGUCGCCUGCUGCAGCUUCGGGGCACGGAUCCCACCCCAUGUGCUUCAGCAUCACUGAGCCGGGCAUGGCUCCCACACUGCCUGAAGCACAUGAGAGCAGAGUGCCCCUCGGGCACAUGGCCUGAGAAGGGCCAAGGUGGGUGGGAUGAAGCAGAGAGAGUAUAGUCAACACCAUUUAGAACUUAGGAAAAUAGAAUGGAAUUAUCCUGGCUGUGGAAGUUACCUCAGCUGGAGGGAACUUCAUGGCGCAGGGCGUUCCCCUGCCAUCAGUGACUGGAAACAAGGGCAGAAAGCCAGAAGGGAGGAACUUGGUGGGUUGGAAGAUCCAUGGGAUGAAGUUCUCGCCACAGCCUGGGAGGAAGGGCAGGGCUAUUACCCCGCUCUACAGCUGGGGAAACUGAGGCACAGGCUAAGUGACUCACUCAAGGUCACUCAGGAAGUCAGUGGCUUAGCAGGGAACUGAACUGAGGUCACUGAAAUCCAAGGCUGGUGCCCUAGCCACUGGGCCAUUCUGCUUCUCGGUGCCAUUUGGAGAUGGGGAGCGGAGUGGGACAGGCUGGUAGCAGUAAGAGUCUGAUCUGGGAUCGAUUUAUUUUUGGCCACACGGGAUGGUAAAAACAAUCCACCCAGCCUCAUGACUGAAUCUGACGUGACUUGCCCCCGGCCCGCUGCAGUAGUCCGACUCACAGUCUCCAUAGAUGGCCGGCCACCAAGGGCCGGUUGGUCCACGAAGAAUUUCUGUGCUGGGGCAGCCCGUUGGCGCAUGUCUGCCUGAAAUAUAAGCAAAGAUGGCUUUAAAGUGACCCCGCUAACCAGGCUCUCCAGAGCGUGCAAGGAGAUGGAGGAAAGCUGUGAACUGGCUGUGACUGGGUCCUGUCAGGUGCUAGUCUGUAUCUUUUACCUUUCUGCAGUUUUCUCCCCUCUGAUCCUCUUGAGAGCUCCCACCCCAUGCCCCUUCCCCACUGCUGAUCUGCUACCCCCUUCCUUUCUGUAGUUUCCCCCACACUUACUCCACCCCCAUGACCAGUGUGAGUUGUGGAGGUGACUAGCUGUGUUUGUGUUGGCUGUUUAGACGGUAAGUUCUUCAGGGGCAGGAGACAAGUGUUCUGUGUCCUGGCACUUAAUAAAUGAUGAUUAUUCCCCUUA